UUCUUUUUAAAAGUGUGGCUCCUAGGAAAUUUCACAUGAGCCCUGAGGUGUGUUUCCUGGGCAGCGCUGGUCUGGAGAAGGGAAUUCAUCUUCUUGCAAUGGCUCAUAAACUGACCUCAUAAUUCUAGGAUGAUUCUUGAAUUCUAAAAAUGUUCUGGACAAUGGAAUAGAGUCAUUAUUAGAAGAGGAAUAUAGCCUUUCCAGAUGAUUAAUUGGAAAGAAAACACAUAUUUUGAUAUGUAGGUUCCAGUGUGAGUUUAAGCUUCACACAUUGGUUGUCAUACAUUGUAAUGCGCCUUGAGAUGUUCAGGCAGGAGAACUCGGCAGUUAAGACAGGGAGAGCCGCCCCCUUGACCUGGGGUGGCGGGAAGGCUUCCCUAGGGGUCGGCUUUGGGGGGAUUUAGGUAACGAGCAGCCCUACCCCAAGCAUCUAGAAAGCAACCUGAGCCAGGGCUGGGCCACCGACGGCCUGAAGACCAGAGCUAGACUUCCUUCUGUUUCGUGCACAAGCUAAGGAUGGUUAUUACAUUUUUAACGGUUGAAAAGUUCGGAAGAAUUUUCUCGUGUAAGACGUUGAGAUUAUAGGACCCUGGCAUGAGAAUUAAUAAACCUCGUAGAAACACAGUCACACCUGCCCCUGUACUGUCUGCUUCCAACCGCAGGGCAGAGUCGAGUGGUUUCAACAGUGACCACCGGGCCCACAGAGCCAAAAAUAUUUGCUGUCUGGUCCUUUGCAGGCCUGGGUUGCUGUCCCCUGGACCGAGAGGCCAAGUUGAUUCUUGCAGCCCCACAUUGAAAGUGGGGUCUCAGGAUGGGUUCAGGAGAGCUGGGUGGAUUUGGGGCCCUGGACGUGGCUGAGAACGGAGGGACCAUGGGUCAGGGCUCAGGAGGCAAGGACCCCAGCUGGGCUUGGGCCCCGGGGCUGGUGAUUUUCAAGGCCAUGCUGACAUUGGGAACCUGCACAACGAGAGAAGACAGUGGUACGGCCCUGGGGCUGGCAGGGCACUGUCAGAGGAAUGCUGUGUCUGGGAGAAUUAGCUGGAAAUAUGCAAAUAGAGGGGAGAUCCGAGCUGGAGGGAAAGGAGGGGCACCUGGAGAGCCAGAAGGGGCCAGGGAUCCAGGCUUGAGCUGCCCAGUCCCAGGACGGUGGAGGAAGAUAGCACGGAGACCACUUCUCCCUGCGAGCCAGCUGGACCCCCAGCCCCGCUCUGUCUGGAGAGCCUGUCUAAGCGCUGGAGGCAGAAGGGACUCCAUUUAGGGACUAUCGCAAAUCAGCUCUGGAUUUGGCGGGGAGCGUGCAAAAUGCAGAAAGUUAGGAGAACAAUAUAAUAUAAUAUGCCCUGAGCACCUCCACCAGGGGAUACUUCAAAAAAAAUUUAUUUGGGUAAAAUAUGCAUUAGACAAGAUGCAUCAUCUCAACCAUUUUUAAAUGCACAGUUCAGCGCCAUUAGGUACAUUUGGGUACAUUGUUGUGGAACCGUCACCGGCAUCUGUUUCCAGAACGUCUUCAUCUUCCCAAACAGUAACUCUCCCCAUUAAACCCUAACUCCUCAUUCCCCCCGCCCCUGCCCAGGCAUCCCCCCUUGUUCUCUGUCUCAGAUUCUGACUAUCCCAGGGACCUCAGGUAAGAGGGGUCCUACAGCCUUUGUCCUUCUCUACCUGGCUGGUUUCACUGAGCAUAACGUCCUUAGGGUCCAUCCAUGUUGUAGCAGGUGUCAGUUUCCCUCCUGAAGAGCAUUCCGUGGAAGGGAUGGGUCACAUUUUCGUUUAUCCACUCCCAGUCAACGAUUCUCUCAUAGUGGCGUCAAGGCUUUUCCUGUUUCUUUCUGAGAGAUUGAUUGCAGCCCUCCUUUGAUGCUUGCCUCUCAGCUCCCUGCCCUGCCCUGCCCUGCCCUGCCCUGCCCCGCCCUGCCCCGGGGCUGGCCCGGCCCCUGCCCAGCAUGGCCUGAGUCUCGGACAUCCGUGAUCUCUGACAGGAUGUAGAUUUACCCACAAGCCUUCAUCUGCACCAGCAGCACCACGCCCAGUCAUCCCACGCCCAGCUUGCUGUGCCCCAUCCAUGGGAGCACCUGGUUGGUUCAUGUACUUUCUGCCUGGGUUUUGUUUCAUUUUUGCUAGAAUUAAAACUGCUUUUGGGGGUGUUGGGUUUUCAUUCCAUGUUCUCCGUCCUUCCAUUUUCUUGUCUGUGAAUUGCCCGCUUUUUCUGUUAGGCUAUCACUCCUUUUUGGAGGGAGGCUUCAGGAGUUCCGUGUGUAUUCUGGAUCUGAGCCUUUGCUUUAAAGAAUGCGUUGAAUGUAUUACAUUUGCCGUAUGUAAUGUAUCCCCUAUUCCUUGCAACCCCUCCUGGGUGAGCUGGCCAGCGUGUGUUGGGACGGCAGGCUGGGCUUUGGGAUGAGGAGGACGCACGGGGCAGGUGGGGGUGGAGGAGGCCAGGAAGGGUGGAAGGAGGAAAAGGGCUGGGAAUCCCAGGGAGGAAGGGGACAGGGCAUGAACCCUGAGCAAAGAGAAAGCCUGGAGGUUUUAUAAAGUUGCUGCCUUGGGAACAGCCUCCUCUGAGGCCAUUCUCUGCAGGUGGAUUUUGCCCCCUGGGGACAUUGCGUAGCCUGGAGACGUUUUCAGCUGUUGUAGUGGGAAGGGGUGCUAGUGGCAUCAGCGGAUGGGGGCCGGGGCACCCCUCCCACUAGGAGCGACCUGGCCCCAAGUGUCCAUGGCGCCACCGUUGGGAACCCAGCUCGCCCUCCCUGCGCCUUGGGCUACAGCAGGGCCCCUUCUGUGGUCGCCCGGCUUCCAUGUUGAGCCUAAUGACGUGAGGCAAGAUGCAGCCCCAGGACACUCGGUCCAAGUCCAUGAGCUUGGGCCAUGCCUUCCCUCUCUCUCUUCACUCCCCAGGCAGGUCUGGACAAGCCCCGCCUGGGCCCGAGCGCACGGAGGAUGGAAACACUCCCCGGCAAUGUCUCUGGGCCGCCUCCUUCGCCGGGCCUCCUCCAAAGCCUCGGACCUCUUGACGCUCGCCCCUGGCGGCGGCGGCGGGCCCCCCACCGUCCUGGAUGGGGAAAUCAUCUACUCCAAGAACAACGUCUGCGUGCACCCGCCGGAGGGGCUGCAGGGGCUGGGGGAGCACCACCCAGGCUACCUGUGCUUGUACAUGGAGAAGGAUGAACUGCUGGGGGCCACUCUCAUCCUCGCGUGGGUCCCCAACUCCCGGAUCCAGAAGCAGGACGAAGAGGCGCUGCGUUACAUCACCCCCGAGAGCUCCCCAGUGCGCAAGGCACCCCGGCAUCGGGGCCGACGCAGCCAGAGCUCAGGGGCCCCCCACCAGCCAUCCCCCACGGAGCCCAGGCCCUCCCUGACCCCCAGGGACGAGGACAUCCUGGUGGUGGCCCAGAGCAUCCGGGACCCCGAGCACGCCAGCCCUUCGUCCGAGGACAGGGAGAAGCUGGCCCUGGGCCUGGGGACAGAUGGCCCCCUCCCCGCCUCACAGCCGGUCCACAGCGACUCGGGAAUCUUAUCAGCGGUCGGUUCGCAGGACGGGAUGGAAGAGGGCCGGGAGCUGCGGCCCGAGGCGGGCGAGGAGGAGGGCUCCUUGGAGCUGUCGGCCGAGGGCGUGAGCAGGGCCAGCUCCUUUGACUCGGACUCGGAGGCCUUCUCUUCGCCCUUCUGCCUCUCGCCCAUCAGCGCCGCCCUCGCGGAGAGCAGCAGCUCGGUGUUCCUGGAAAGCGAGAGCUGCUCCCCGUCCAGCACCGAUGCCCACCUGCAGUUCCCCGACGGCAGCGGCCUCCUGCAGUCGGAUGAGCCACAGCGGGCGUGUGCCCUGGAGCAGAUCUGUGGCGUGUUCCGUGUGGACCUGGGGCAGAUGCGCUCCCUCCGCCUCUUCUUCAGCGAUGAGGCCUGCACCAGCGGCCAGCUGGUCGUUGCCAGCCGGGAGAGCCAGUACAAAGUCUUCCACUUCCACCACGGUGGCCUGGACAAGCUGCCUGAUGUGCUUCAGCAGUGGAAAUACUGUGCAGAGACGCACCUCAAAGACCAGCAGGUCGCCGACGAGAAGACGUGCAUGCAAUUCUCCAUCCGGCGUCCCAAACUGCCGUCGUCUGAGACGCACCCCGAGGAGAGCCUGUACCGAAGGCUGGACGUGGCGGCCUGGCUCCGCCACCUGAACGCGCUGGGCCAGGUGGAGGAGGAGUACAAGCUGCGCCAGGCCAUUUUCUUCGGCGGCAUUGAUGUGUCAAUCCGGGGGGAGGUCUGGCCCUUCCUGCUGCGUUAUUACAGCCACGAGUCGACGUCGGAGGAGAGGGAGGCGCUGCGGGUGCAGAAGAGAAAGGAGUACGCCGAGAUCCAGCAGAAGAGGCUCUCCAUGACCCCGGAAGAGCACAGAGCGUUCUGGCGAAACGUGCAGUUCACCGUGGACAAGGAUGUGGUCCGGACAGAUCGCAGCAACCAGUUCUUUCGAGGCGAAGGCAAUCCCAACGUGGAGAGCAUGAGGAGGAUCCUGCUGAACUAUGCGGUGUACAACCCGGCCAUCGGCUACUCCCAGGGCAUGUCGGACCUGGUGGCGCCUAUCCUGGCCGAGGUCCUGGACGAAUCGGACACCUUCUGGUGCUUUGUGGGUCUGAUGCAGAACACGAUCUUCGUCAGCUCCCCCCGGGAUGAGGACAUGGAGAAACAGCUGCUGUACCUACGGGAGCUUCUGAGGCUGACCCACCCGCGCUUCUACCAGCAUCUGGUCUCGCUAGGUGAGGACGGCCUGCAGAUGCUCUUCUGCCACCGCUGGCUCCUGCUGUGCUUCAAGCGGGAGUUUCCUGAGGCCGAGGCACUUCGGAUCUGGGAGGCCUGCUGGGCCCACUACCAGGUGAGCCAGACGGAUUACUUCCACCUUUUCAUCUGCGUGGCCAUCGUGGCCAUCUAUGGGGAUGACGUCAUUGAGCAGCAGCUGGCCACCGACCAGAUGCUUCUGCACUUUGGAAACCUGGCCAUGCACAUGAAUGGGGAGCUUGUUCUCAGGAAGGCGAGGAGUUUGCUGUAUCAGUUCCGCCUCUUGCCCCGGAUCCCCUGCAGCCUGCACGACCUGUGCAAGCUGUGUGGUUCCGGCAUGUGGGACAGUGGUUACAUGCCUGCUGUGGAAUGCACCGGCCAGCACCCCGGGUCGGAGAGCUGCCCCUACGGGGGCACCGUGGAGACCCCUUCACCCAAGCCCCCCAGAGAAGGCAGGAAGGGCCCAAAGACGCCUCGGGAAGGCUUCAGUUUCCGAAGAUAGGUUGGGUUUCUGCAGAUAGGUUGAGCUCCCUGUGCUGGAUGAGGGGUGAGGGGGUCUCAGCCAGGUCCUGAGCACAUGGGAGGGGGUGGGGAUGGGCAUGAUAGAAACAUAAAGAAAAUGCCCGUGGGUGACACGAAGGGAAACUUUUCAUAUUAAGGACAAAAUCAGAGUCCGGAAGUGACAGAAGUAAAACCCACCAGCUGCCCAGAGAAAAGUCAGCUCCCCCAAUAGCGGGACUAGCAUGCACGGCCACCCUACCCGGAGACACGGGCUGGCUGCCUUUGAUGGAUCUCCACACAUCCGAGGAAUUCCUCCAGCUUCAUCAGCCACCGAAAGGUGUUGCCAGCAUCAGGAAAGGUGGGGACGGGAGGAGAGGCCUUGUUCACCCACUGUGCCAGAACAAGGGGUUCCCAUCCAGGCCCAGAGACAUCUUUGCAAGCUGGACACACCCCUUCAUCAGGCCUCAUGCUCUGAGCGAGCCAAACACACUCCACAGCUUCUCAAGCCACAGCUGCAAAGCUGAUGCGAAGACAUCUGCAAAAAAAGAAAAAAGGAAAGGAAAAAGCCCUACUGGUUUCAGGGUAGAGAGGUGUGAGAGCAGAGGAGCUGGGGGCUUCUACCCCAUCCAUUUCAACAUCCUAGCCUCCCGGCGUGUGUAGGAAUCUGCUUCCUGCGAGCCAGAGCAGGGCUGUUGAAGUGUUGGAUUCCUCUCCCUUAGCUGGGAAGUGUCUACGUCCGGCACUGUUUAAGGCCAACCUCACCAGAUACAGCAACCAACUGGGGGCUAGAUGGGUCAAGAUGUGUGCGUGUGUGUGUGUGCGCGUGUGCACACGUGCACGCGCACGCAAAAUGCUCUGAAGGAAAUCUGCAGCGUUUGACGGAAGGGGUAGUAUAUUAAUUGACUGCUCCAGACAAAGGCACCUGAAAGUGCCAGAAAGACUCCCGCUUCUCUGCAGGGCCUGUGGUCUGCUCUGAAGGCGGAUCUUCCUUAAGUCAGCCUCUCAUGUGGUCGGACACGAGAGCGGCCACGGUACUGUAGCCAUCACUCAGGGCACCUCUGCUUUCUGUGUGGGGACCUGGUCUUCCCAGCGCCCUCUCCCUGCUCCCAAAGAUUCUUCUCAGUUGCUCCUUCUGGGACUGGAGGACAGAAACGGGCGGGGAGGGCCCCAGCCGGUGUAAAGGGGUGGAGCCAUUUGCACAGGAAGCCGCCUCUUGAACUGGUGGGAGCAAGGAGCCUGCAUCCUUCCUCGAGUCCUCCUGCACAUCCUUCUGGGGAGAAAAAUCCUGGAAGUGCCGAGAGUCAUCGCGGGGACCCAGCCCCAUCGAGGCUUCUUCCUGCUCUCAGCUUUUCUCCCUGAGAGUGGACGCUGCUGGAUGGCGCCACUUUAAAAAGAUGUUUAUCAACAGGAAAGAGGAAGUUAUCAGCCUCCUCCCUUCUCAGCUUCUCUCUUUUCGCCAAGGCCAAGUUCUCCAGCAGGCAGGAGACUGACCCUGGUACUCCCAAGUUCCCGGCCCUGAGGUCCAGGAGCUUUUUGGGGAGACCAUCCUUUGCCCCAUCUGUGCCCAGAUCUUGAGGCGCAGAUAGCAGCAGCACCAUUAUAGCCCAGCAACAGGGGCCAGGCUGGAUGGGGGUGGACUUCUCAUCUGCUCUGCUUCUGGGGAAAGAGGAUCGCCUUUCCAUGCGGAAGAUGGCUCCUGAUCCGUUAUGAAAAUGGCUUGAGUUACCCAGGCACUAUGCUGACCCUCCUGUUAGAGACCACAUCCCCGUGAACAGCAUACCAGUUAUCCAUUGCCACAGUGAUGCUGCAUAACAAAUAGCCCCAAACAUGGCGGGCUCGGACAGCACACCCUUACCCAGCACAUGAGUCUGUGGAUCGGCAGCUCAGGCUGGGCGGUUCUGCUCUGGGUUGGGCUUGCUUCUGUGCCUGGCAGGAUGCUCACACAUGUCAAGGCCAGACUUGGCUUUGCUCCAUGCCUCCUGCAUCUUUCCUGCAAGCCAAUCCCGGCCAAGGCAAAGGUACGGAAUCAGAAGCGUGCAGGCCCCUUCCAAAGCCUUGGCGGAUGCCAUGCUGCCAUCCCAUUGGCCAAAGCAAGUCGCAUGGCCCAACUCAGCAUCAAGGGAUGUGGAAACGGACCCUUCCCUGCAAUAGGAGAAGCUGCGCAGUGACCAGCGAGGGGCUGGGAAUUCAGGGAGAGGUGAGGAACCGGGCGACUGUUCCGGGGCUGGAUAACCCCACUUUGGAACUCGCCUUUCACCAGGAGCAUGACUUCCCCUGCAGGGGGCGGGAGAUGCCCCAGCGGGGAGAGUGCGCCCACCUCCCCCUCUGCAGUGGAGAGGGUCUAUACAUUUUAUUACCAUACCUUGUGCCUUUGGGCUGCUGUGUGUGCGGUGGAGGGAGAGGGGUCCUCGGAUCCCUCACUGUGAAGGGUCUGGGGUGAAAAGCAUGAGUUCUGAAUUUCCUAGCCCCCCAGCCCCUCACCCCCACAGCUCCCCAAGACCUCGACCCAAGUGCCACCCCUGCCCUCACUGCUUCCAUCUCUCCCGCUGUGGGCUGGGCCGGGCCCCGGUGAGAUCUAGGCCUCUCGGAGCAGCCAGGACCUCGAAAGCCAAAGACCCGAAUGUGUGGGCUCUUGGAGGACCCCCAGCUCCAGAGGAUGGAGUAGGCCCACCCCUGCAUGGCUCCCUUAGUCUGGAUGCAAUUAGAGGAAACCAGCCAAAAACCCUGCGGCAGCUGUUGCCCCAGGAUUAUUCCCAGCCAGCAAAAGGCAUUAGGGUGAUAAUUCAGUCAUUAGACUUCUAGCCUUCCCACCGCCAGAAUGUGCAAAUACGGGAUAAUCAGCCCGGCACGGCCAUCCUCGGCGAUGCUGCUUAUUUAAACCAUUUUUUUAAAAUGACACUUAGUGUUAUUGGCCGGUGUGCGUGUGCACGCAUAUUUAAAAGUUUCCCCACCGCGCACGUCUGUGCUGACGUUACACGAUGUCGUCGGGGCCUCUGGGAAGAGAGGGCACCUUUGAUGUACAUGUGCUGGCACGGAAAGGGCAGCGGGGGUGGGGGCUUGACUGCUCUGGAGCGGGGGAUGGGGCUCAGCGUCCCAGGGAAGGGGGACGAUGGCAGGACGGAGCCGGACCUGGGAAGGCGGGGGUGCGAGAGCUGGAGAAAGUACAGUUGGGGGCCGGCUGGGUGCCCAGGGGAGCAGUAUGCUGUUCCAGAAGGUUCUGACUUAUGUCCCAGCGGGGAAGUCUUAGAACUCACAAGUCAAGGGAAUUGUGGUUCUUGAGCCAAUUAGGGGCGGGGGAUGGGUGGGCUGAGGGCGCCUCUCCAGCCCACCUCUGCAGAGGAGGAGGAUCGCGGUCCAGAAAGGCAGUUCCACGGGCAGCCUCAGUCUGGAUGCCGUCAGCGGGCAGUGCUGUGCUGUUCUGAUCAGCUAAGUAUCGGGCAGGAUGGAGGGGUUUGAAUCCAGGGCCUGGGAGCAGGCAGCUGGUCAGGAUAAAGAUACUGGUCCUGAAACAAGGGCCUUGGCUGGCAGAGGUCACCCAGCUCUGACCUCUGAUGGCUGGACAUAGGGAAGGGGGGCUGUCGUGGGAGACCUCCGGCUCUCUCGUUUGGGAGGAAUAGCGGGGAGGGGGCGGCCCCCAGAGUUGGGCUUACGGCCGAGCACUGCCCUGCGGAAGCCCCCAUCCUUCCGUGCAGGCCGCUGGGUUCACCAGACCCAGGGAAGGGAGGCUCUUCCAGUCUGUCUGCUCAGCCAAGGCCCCCAGAGGCCUCUCUGCCUCCGACGAAAGAGGAGGAAGGCAUUCCCCAGGGAAAAACCCCCCACACGGGCAGGGUGCGGCCUGUGCCAGAGGCAGAGGCACUGGUCCAGGGCUGGGGAACCAGACAGCCCAGCAUCUGAUUAGCUCUGCGUCUCUGCAAGGCUGUCACUUGGAGUGAAAGCAUUGUGACCUCAGCCGUCCCUGGCUAAGAGGGAACUGCCCCCAAACCAAAUGGCUCAUUUCCUGGCAAGCUGUGACGCCUGAGGACAGGGAUUCCCCAAAAGGGGUGGGUAGUGCUCCACGGUGGGAAGACACUUCCCUGGGGGUCCCGAACCUGGCUCUUGUCCUGCCUCUGACCCUUCCCAAGUGCAUGGCCUUCCCCCGCCCUGAGCCCGAGGUUCCGUCACUGGCAGAAUGAGAAUGGCACCGCCCGCCCAGCCCACCUCGCAGGACCGCCCUGGGGGCUUUCCUGGUAAAGGUUGCCCAGGGACCUCACCUGCCACUCAGGGAAGAGACCACUGAGGUUGACCUUGUAGCCUUGGCCGGGAGGCGGCAUGCCCCCCUACCUGAGAGCUCGCCCUGCUCUGGGAGUCCGCAAACCCACUCCCUCCCAUGCGCCCACCGUGCUGCGCAUCCCGCACUGAGGGGACCGCUCUGUGCCUCUUCUAUGAAAUUCACCCCAUGCCACCCCACUCCUUCCACGAGGAAAACCAACCAUGAGCCAUGACCUUGAAGAUCCUGAAAGAUGUGUCUGUGUGCAGCGUGCCAGGCUCUGCAGCAGGGGUGUGGUCCUGGCCUCAGGGUCUCCUCCAUGGCUGUGAAACACACCCAAGUGUGGGGCUCCUGGGUCAGGCUGUAGAGACCAGAGAGGGGCGUCCCUGGCCCUCUGGGGGCAGGGCAUGUGUGCAAACAGCCUGCAGGAAUCUGGCCCUUCAAUAUAUUGUGCUGAAUUUCUAGGUAGGAAGGUAACAUUUCACGUUCAAAGAGAUCAAGCCACAUGGUCGUCUCUCCAGCAUCUUGAGUUCGUCAGAGGGCAGGGUUUCUGUUGUUUAAGGGAAAGUUUAAUGAAAUUUCCACCAUCACCAAGAGAUUACUGAUGUCAGGGACAAGCGAUUUGUUCUCUGUAUUUUACUUUGUUUGGGUUUUUAAAUACAACUGCCCGCUGGUCAGGCCAUGCCCCAGGCUCAGGUCUGGCCAUCCUGACCCCUGGGGCCACCGUCCCUACAGUGCUUCCGGCUCUCAUGGAUUCCACUGCAAAGUAAAUAAAAUCAUACUGACAACAAACGUA